UAAUUUGCAGAGUACAUCUGUGAAUGUGAAUGCUCUGUGUGGUUUCCCUGUCUUUUCGUGUGUGUGUGGACCCUGGAUUCGUUCUGUCUGCAGUGCAGUUUAGCCUGAAGUUCAGUUUCUUGAUGUUCACUGUGAUAACACGUCUGUAUCCAAAACAGCACAGGGAACGUUCCCAGCUGUUCCAACCUGUUUGCUUCAGAAGCUUUUGACGUGGAAAAUAUCCAGAGAAUGGAUCUGGUUAAUACUAAGUUGCCAUUUUAAUAGGUGUCUUGCAGAGGUGACUGGUGCAGUAUGUACAUACACUGUGAUGAAGUUGCUUUCAACCCCUAAAUGCUUCCCUACUGCAAUUCUGUAUGACAGCUAAUACGUUUAUUGGAGUGGGUUUGGUUGUCUGUUUUCCUUUUUUUGAUUAUUUUACUUUGCAUGAACUGAGGCUGAAAACCACUUCUGUAAGGACUUGUGAUCUCUUUGCAUAGAGUAAAAUCAGCUUUAUGCUUUUUAAUUUUUCCAAUUCUAUGAGCACAUUAUUAAAACAAACACAGAAACCUGCACCCAAUUUAUCUGCAUCUCAUGCAUGCUCAAAAAUAGAAUAGUAUCUUGAAACACUGUGAUUGAGUGCCCUUAUCAAUAUGCAGAAGUAUGUUUGCUGACUGUCCCAUGAAUGAAUGACUUCCACGUUUGGCACUGCUCCUGUUUGCUGCAGCUAGGGAGCCAUGAAUGAAAAUGUGUAUUUCUGAAAUGGAAGUAAUGCCAACUUCCAAAAGAUUCCAGUAUGGGAGACGUGUGGGAUAUGUUGUGUACCUGCGAGGAGGAGUGAUGAAUCAAAUUGCCUCGGGUAGCAGAGUAACAGCUCAGGUUUAAGAAACUUACUUGUCAGAUAUACUUUUCCCUCUUGAGUGAUGGGCAACCUUCUUAUUCAAUGGGCUUAGCUUCAAAAUAGUCUCAGAGCCUUAAAUUAUGUCAAUACUUACAGUCUCAUGGCAUUUAGCUUUACAUUAGUGUGUAUAUCUGAAAUAACCUAAGUCCUGCCUAGGGCUCAGGGUAGGCUGGUGCCCAGCACAGAAAGCUCCAGAGGAUGUCUGAAUACAUAGAGCUUGUGUGUUGUGAUUCACAAAUCCCUCUUUUUGGGUCUUGUGUAAAGAGCUUAUCCUGGCCUUUAAACUGUUUUCAAGAAAUGACUUUGUACAGACAAGAUUUCUUAAAGUGAGGUUUUUCUUUGGUUCAGGAUCACUUCCUUUUCCUCUGCUUCUUUAUCACUUACAGAACAGCAGUGAUCCUCAUUAACCUCUGAAGAAGUACCAGCAUAGAUCCCACAUAACUAACAUGUUUCAUUUGAUCUCCAGUGUAAUCCACAUCUACACUUUUUUCCCCCUCUUUAAACCCUUUUCAGAGACAGAAUCUUGACCUUUUCCUUAGUCUUGUCUUUCCAGCUGUCUGUCUUCCAGCAUUUGGAGAUGAACAGAAAAUACCAGGGCUGCUGUUUGUUAAUCAAAAAAUGUGGUGCAUCAGUGUCUAUAGCUCUGGAGUGAUAAAAGACAGGAAGGAAGAGGGGGUUCAUUCCUUACUGUCUAAAUAGCUGCUGGAGGUGACCAGAUUGAGUAUUUACUUUGUAAAAUGCUGCUUAGCUUUUGAGAUACUAGAAAUUAAAGAGGACUCUAGAUAUUUCUUCGGAGUGCCUUAAGGCUAACUGUUACCAUUUUGACUUUAGUCUCGAUUAGCAUUUACAGCUUUACAUCUUUUUUCCUUGUAUGUUUCCUGUGUUCCUGUGCCCAGGCCAUGGAGAAGACACUGAUCCAUCCUGCUGCCAGCUGGGAAGGGAGAGGCCCAUAUUCUAAUUCCUGAAGCUACUAGAAGCUACUCAUAUAGCUCUGUGCCCUUCCAGGAUGUGCUUCUGGGUUGCUGUUGAGGCUCUUCUGCUUUGCAUGGGCUCGCCAACGUUCUGUAGACUGGUGAAGAGAGAGAGAAUAACUGCUCUUUCUUUAGCUACAAAUGAUGCAGUACAGCUGGGUGGUUGGGCCAGCUGCUUAUAGGGAGGUGAUCAGCUUUCAUUUCCUGUUUCGGGGAACUCUUGGCUGUGCAAUUUAGUCUGGGCUGUAAUGGCACUGUCAUGAUGCAUGUGAAAUUAAAAAGAGGAGAGUUUCUCAGAGACCUCUUUGGUUAUCACUGAGGUAAUUGUCAUAAAGCAUGGAGGGAAGAUGGAUGCCUGGGAAAGCAAGGUCUGUGCUCUCACUAUUGUAGUGAUUUGGAAUUGAAGAGGUGUAGUCCACUACCUCAAUCGCAGGUGUAAUUACCUACAUCUAAUUCAUUACAGACAGUUUUUAGCUUAGCACCAACAUGCAGUGAGGGAGAGCCUGUAACUUCCUUAGGGAAUCUUCUCUAGCACCACACCUCUUCUACCUUUGCAAAAUGGGCUUUGUUUCCCCUCCUUCCUUUCAUAUCUUCUAAAACGUCUAAUCAGAAUCUUCAUAGCUCAUUGCUAAUCACUACAUCCAUUGUGUUCAUACAUUAUUUCAUUCCUCCUUUCUUUGGGCUUUUGUGCACUUCCUCUUCUCAUCUGUUUCUUGUAGGUAACCUACUUAAUGAGAUCACUUUUUCUCCUAGGCCUUGCACCUUGCUGCUCUCUGGACUCCGUCCUUCAGAAAGUCCAGUCCCAGCUUUGAGAGCACGGCAGAUGGGAAAGGUGAACUGCAGUGUAAAUAGAAUUGCUUUUUGCCUGCAGUUUGCUUUUGCCUUCAUUAAAGGGGAUUGUUAGUCCUCAAGCACUGUAGUGCAUUUGGGAUAAGACUUACUGUUACAACAUGGCCAGUUCUUUCAAACUUUAGUACCAACUCUCUUAAUUCUUGUAGGACUUGAAGAAUGCUAACUGUGGCCUGGGAUGUCAAUGUGUGUUAAAGACAGGAGGAAGGAGAGUGGGUGGUGAUACAGUAACUCAAAGUUAGGGAAGUUCUGAGUCCUGGAGUCUCCUACAAGGGUUGCCUGAGGGUGGUGGUGUUUGUUUUCACAGUUGUUUACUUAGCUGCUUUUUGUUUUAGGGGUUGGAACGGAAAUGUUUGCUUACAGUUGGGAAAGAUCUUGAAGCCUGUACCAGGUCCUUGAGAGAGAAAACUACAUGACACUACACCAUGAGUGAAAGUAAAUCUGAUAGUCAGUUUUACAGUGUUCAAGUUGCAGAUUCAACAUUCACUGUACUAAAACGUUACCAGCAAUUGAAGCCUAUAGGAUCAGGGGCACAGGGCAUUGUUUGUGCUGCGUUCGAUACGGUCCUUGGAAUAAACGUUGCUGUAAAGAAGUUGAGCCGUCCUUUUCAGAAUCAAACCCACGCGAAAAGAGCUUACAGAGAGCUUGUUCUUUUAAAAUGUGUCAAUCACAAAAAUAUAAUUAGCUUAUUAAAUGUAUUUACACCGCAGAAGUCACUAGAGGAAUUUCAGGAUGUAUAUUUGGUUAUGGAGCUGAUGGAUGCCAACUUGUGCCAAGUUAUUCAUAUGGAAUUGGAUCAUGAAAGAAUGUCUUAUCUCCUUUACCAGAUGCUAUGUGGUAUCAAACAUCUCCACUCAGCUGGUAUCAUCCACAGAGAUUUGAAACCCAGCAACAUAGUAGUAAAAUCAGAUUGUACACUCAAAAUCCUUGAUUUUGGACUGGCAAGAACAGCGUGUACUAAUUUUAUGAUGACUCCAUAUGUAGUAACACGAUAUUACAGAGCGCCAGAGGUUAUCCUUGGAAUGGGAUAUAAAGAGAAUGUUGAUAUCUGGUCAGUUGGUUGCAUCAUGGGAGAAUUGGUGAAAGGUUGUGUGAUAUUCCAAGGCACUGAUCAUAUUGAUCAAUGGAAUAAAGUAAUUGAACAACUAGGAACGCCCUCAGCAGAAUUCAUGAAGAAACUACAGCCUACAGUGAGGAAUUAUGUAGAAAACAGGCCAAAAUAUCCAGGUAUUAAAUUUGAAGAGCUCUUUCCAGACUGGAUAUUUCCAUCAGAAUCAGACCGUGACAAGUUAAAAACCAGUCAAGCUAGAGAUUUAUUAUCAAAAAUGCUUGUAGUAGAUCCAGACAAGAGAAUUUCCGUAGAUGAGGCCUUACGUCAUCCCUAUAUUACUGUCUGGUAUGAUCCAGCUGAAGCAGAAGCUCCUCCACCUCAAAUUUACGAUGCACAACUGGAGGAGAGAGAACACGCAAUUGAAGAAUGGAAAGAAUUAAUAUACAAAGAGGUAAUGGAUUGGGAAGAAAGAAGCAAGAAUGGUGUGGUAAAAGACCAGCCCUCAGAUGCAGCAGUGAAUAGCAACACCAGUCCUUCCCAGUCAUCAUCUAUCAAUGACAUUUCAUCCAUGUCAACAGAGCAAACAUUGGCUUCAGAUACAGACAGCAGCCUCGAUGCCUUGACAGGACCCCUCGAAGGAUGCCGAUGAUCAGCCAGGAUUGCAGACUUCUCUUUGGAAAAGAACUCUUGCUUCCAUUGGGCCUGAAUUGCUUGUAAGUUAAUGGAACAAAGUAGAAAAACUCCAUGUUCUGCAUGUUCUGCUAAAGUAAUGCCUGUUUUUAUGUUUACUCAGUUGUUAUGAAACUGCCUGCUUAAUGUUGUAGAAUGAAAGCAAAUCAAUGUCUAAGGAGCAAAA